GACGUGUUGAGCUGUCUGUUACUACCAUACCACCAUACCUUCCUAAUUCCUAUCUAUCACUUUCCAUUGCCGCUCUCUCUCUCUCUUCAUCUUCUUCUUCUUUCACUCUUUUUCUCUCUCCUCUUUUUCUUAUAUAUUUUCUCAUCUUUACUUUCUCUCUCUCUUCAUAUUUCUCAUCUUUGUUUUUUUCUUCUUCAAAAACCUUAAAUCUCAACAAUGGCGUUUCUUUUUUAGCCAGAUUUUAUCACAUUAUUGAUUCUCAAUCAAAUUUAAGGUUUUUAGAAGCUGGGUUUUUUCUUUUUUAGCCAGAUUUUACAACAUUAUUGAUUAACAAGUUAGUUGUUUUAAACAUAGGAGAGAGAAAAAUUUGAAAAAAAAAAAAUGGCACCGUGGUGGGAGAAGCACCACAGAGGAACACCAGUGGUGAUAAAAAUGGAGAACCCUAAUUGGUCGAUCUCCGAGAUCGAAAACCCAUCAUCAGACGACGACGUUUUCAUCCCCACCAAAAAAAACAAGAAAUUCAGAGGCAAAAACGCCAAGCAGCUCACGUGGGUCCUACUCCUCAAAGCCCACCGGGCCGCCGGCUGUCUCUCCUCCCUCGCAUCCGCCGUCCGUCGCCGGGUCAAGUCGGGCCGAACGGACUCCUCCGACCCGGCCCGAACCCGACUGCACGCGUUCAUACGGGUCUUCCUCGCCAUCUCCGUCGUCCUCCUCUGCUUCGAGGUUGCCGCCUACUCUAAAGGGUGGCAUUUCAAGGACACGACGUCGUUUUAUCUAGACCGCAUUUUGACGUCAGCAACAACACGGGUCGGGUCGGUUGGGUCGGUCGGGUUUAAGGGUUUGUUCGGGUGGGCUUACGACAAGUGGGUUUUGGUUCGGGUCGGGUAUCUGGCCCGACCUCUACAGUGGCUUGCGAAUAUCUGCAUUGUGUUGUUUCUAAUACAGUCUUUGGAUAGACUUAUUCUUUGUUUAGGUUGUUUUUGGAUCCGUUUAAGGAAGAUUAAACCCAUCAUAAAUGUGGGUCAAAUAUCCGAUCUUGAAUCCGGAGAUGGUGAAGAUGGGUAUUUUCCCAUGGUUCUUGUUCAGAUACCCAUGUGUAAUGAAAAAGAGGUUUAUCAGCAAUCAAUUGGUGCAGUGUGUAAGUUGGACUGGCCCGAAUCGAGGUUGUUGAUACAAGUACUUGAUGAUUCGGAUGAUCCGAUGACCCAAAUGUUGAUAAAGGAGGAGGUUCAUAAGUGGCAAGGAGAGGGUGCAAAUAUUGUGUACCGGCAUCGGGUUAUUCGAGACGGGUAUAAGGCGGGUAAUCUUAAGUCUGCUAUGAAUUGCAGCUAUGUUAAGGACUAUGAAUUUGUUGCCAUUUUUGAUGCUGACUUUCAGCCUGCUCCGGAUUUUCUUAAACGAACUGUCAUCCAUUUCAAGGGUAAUGAAGAGGUGGGGUUAGUGCAAGCGAGGUGGUCAUUUGUGAACCAGGAUGAGAACUUACUGACUAGACUGCAAAAUAUAAACUUGGCAUUCCACUUUGAGGUGGAGCAACAGGUGAAUGGGAUCUUUAUCAACUUCUUCGGCUUCAAUGGGACUGCGGGUGUAUGGAGAAUUAAGGCGCUUGAAGAUUCGGGUGGGUGGUUAGAGAGGACCACUGUUGAGGACAUGGACAUUGCGGUCCGUGCUCAUCUUAAAGGAUGGAAAUUUAUCUACCUUAAUGAUGUUGAGUGUCAAUGUGAGUUACCGGAAUCCUAUGAAGCUUAUAGAAAGCAACAACAUAGAUGGCACUCAGGGCCUAUGCAGCUAUUUCGUCUUUGUUUGCCUGACAUUAUCAAAUCAAAGAUAUGCUUUUGGAAGAAGGCAAAUAUGAUAUUCCUCUUUUUCCUCUUGAGGAAGUUGAUUUUGCCCUUCUACUCUUUCACUCUCUUUUGUAUAAUCCUUCCAAUGACCAUGUUUAUCCCUGAGGCAGAGCUCCCUGCCUGGGUUGUCUGCUACAUUCCGGCCACCAUGUCCUUUCUGAACAUCCUUCCUGCCCCGAAAUCCUUCCCAUUUAUUGUCCCAUACCUUCUAUUUGAGAAUACAAUGUCGGUCACAAAGUUCAAUGCUAUGAUCUCUGGUUUAUUCCAAUUGGGUAGUGCAUACGAGUGGGUUGUCACAAAGAAAUCUGGCCGUGCAUCAGAAAGUGAUCUUGUCUCUUUAGGUGAGAAAGAGCUGGUCCCUGGAAAAGGCUCUUCAGAUACUACCCUUGCACAAAUGAAGGAGGAACUACUAAAGCAAGAGCAGAAUGGUUCUAGGAAGAAGAAGAAGAAGCACAAUAGGAUUUACAUGAAGGAAUUGUCCCUUGCAUGCCUUCUCUUGACUGCUGCAGCUAGGAGUCUUCUCUCAGCUCAGGGCAUCCACUUCUACUUCUUACUCUUUCAAGGAGUUUCUUUCUUGCUGGUUGGUCUUGAUUUGAUUGGUGAACAGGUUGAUUAGUCGAGGGGGGAGGGGGGAUAUACUUAGGACUUUGUAGGCGAUACAAUGAACAGUAUUAGUGCUACAUAAAUCAUUCGGGGCAGAAGUGACGUUACAGGUACAAAAUCACUAAGCCCGGACAGAGAGAGACAAGCAUAUAGCAGGUCGUGGUUGUUGGAGAACCAAGAGGGAUGAGAGUGAGGCUUUUAUUUCCACCCGCCCUCAGGUUUCCGUAAGCCCCCUUGGUGCAAGAAGGUUAAUGCUUGUCCUACAUCAGGUAUGCAGGAGUUUUGAUGAUGAUGCAUGAAACCGAUUUGAAACAGAGAUGCUAUAGUGCCCUUUCAUAUGUAAGGAAAUAUGCCCAUUUUUUCAUUUUCUUCCUUCUGUAAUUUAUUGCCUUUAUUCCUUUUUGUUCUUUGGAGAUCUAUUCUUUUGUAAGAAAAUUUGUUGCUUUAGUUCACAUGAAUGCACACUAUUCCAGUUGCGAAGGUGCAACUGUUCAAAAUUCGUCCUACCAUCAGACAUCAGUAGUAUUAUGUCUUUCUGAUAGAUGUGAGCAUUAUGCUAUGCUCGAUAUGUAGUUUUUAGCAUGAAAUGAAUCUCGAUCUAUUGUUUAUUA